AUGGUGUUGUUUGGAGCGGAUGGGUACCCGAAGAUUACCUUCUCGUUUGAGGCGGGCUCGGAACCUUGUGCCACCUGUUUGACGCCCGAAGGCUGCUUGGCAGUGACCUUGAAGCGGCAAGGCUGUGUGGCUUUAUGGUCAACGUCUGGUGAACCAGUUACAGAGUUUGGACACACCGUUUUGUCUGGUCCGACAGGAAUACAGUGCGAUCGUCACGGGCGGUUUAUCGUUGCAGACGAGCAAGCCAACUCCGUGUUUAUUUUUAGCAACGAAGGCCAAUUGUUGACUAAACUUGCCCCACCUACAUUGGACACAGCCGCACAAGGAAGUUCUUCCCCGCUGUCUCAAAUACAAACAUCUUCCUUUUUAAAUUCGUAUCAUAAUUCAUUUAACCAACCGCGCUAUGUUUGCCUUACGCAUACGGGAAAUUAUGUAAUUUCUGAUUCAGCCAAUCACUGCAUCAAGAUAUUUGAUCAAGACAUGCAGCUCAGUAGUCAGUUUGGUAGCUACGGACAGAGAGAUGGCUGCUUCAAGUUCCCCUAUGGGGUUGCCAGCGAUGCAGAAGGUAAUUUGUACGUUGCCGACCACUUCAACAAUAGAGUGUCCAUGUUCUCUGGAGAAGGUGAAUUUAUACAGCAUCUACUGACUUUGCAGGAUGGCAUUGCCAGGCCUAAAAGUAUUGCCGUGUGUCGUUCCUUGCUCUAUGUGACUCAUGGAGAUAUCCGCUCCAACAAAGUGUCUGUGUUUGCAUUAAAAAGUUAA